CACGAAUGCAGCACAACCCCCUCCUUCAUCAUUUUGUGGCGGCAAAUAACUGCCCAACAAACCAACCAAAAACAAAGAACUACAACCCAAAUGACAGUCAUCGUGAACAUCGCGCGCCUCUCUUCCCCUUUCCCUUCACUUUCUCCUAAGAAAUCCCUAACGUCACCUCCACUCUCCGUCUCUUUCUGUUGCAAAAUCCACAAUAAUAAUGCCACGAGCACUAGCGGUAACAGUGACCAUGAAUCGAAGCCAGAAAGGAGAAAUAGAUUAUCAGAACAAUCGUCGUGGGAGACGAAGGACGCAGAGGGGAAUGACUAUCUGUAUAGGCUUGGAAAAGAGGCUGAUAACAUGAACAUUGCCGUCGGCGCUAGGGCUGGAGUCAUUGAUCCUCUUUUCGCCGGCAACUUUCUCGGAAAAGACUCGGACAUUGUGUUUGAUUAUCGACAAAAGGUGACGAGGUCGUUUGAGUAUCUUCAAGGGGAUUAUUACAUAGCUCCAAUGUUCAUGGAUAAAGUUGUGUGUCACAUUGUGAAGAACUACAUUGCUCAUCUUCUCAAUGCCAAAGUUCCUUUGAUAUUAGGUAUCUGGGGAGGAAAAGGGCAAGGAAAAUCAUUUCAGACAGAAUUAAUUUUCCAGGCUAUGGGAAUUGAACCUGUGAUUAUGUCUGCUGGGGAGCUAGAGUCAGAAAGAGCUGGAGAACCAGGAAGGCUGAUACGAGAACGCUACAGAACAGCUUCUCAAGUGGUCCAGAACCAAGGCAAGAUGAGUUGUCUGAUGAUCAAUGAUAUUGAUGCUGGCCUUGGCAGAUUUGGAAACACCCAAAUGACAGUCAACAAUCAAAUUGUGGUUGGGACUCUGAUGAAUUUGGCAGAUAAUCCUACCAGAGUUAGUGUUGGGCAAGACUGGCGGGAGACAGAUAUUACAAAUAGAAUUCCUAUCAUUGCUACUGGCAAUGAUUUUUCAACAAUUUAUGCCCCCUUGAUUCGAGAUGGAAGAAUGGAUAAGUUCUACUGGCGGCCAAAUCUUGAAGACAUUGUGAAUAUUGUUCAUAGAAUGUAUGAGAAAGAUGGCAUAUCCAAAGAUGAUGUUGUAAGCAUUGUGAAAACAUUUCCUAAUCAAGCUUUGGACUUUUAUGGAGCUCUUAGGUCCCGAACAUAUGACAGAUCAAUUUCUAAGUGGAUAGAUGAUAUUGGGGGUAUUGAAAAGCUUGGAAACAAGCUUCUCAAUAAAAGAGACAACGAAAAACUUCCUGCUUUCACUCCUCCUGAGCAAACUGUUGAGGCUUUACUUGAGUCAGGUUAUUCUCUCCUUCAAGAACAACAACUGAUAAUGGAGACCAAACUUUCAAAAGAGUACAUGAAGAACGUUGAUGACUAGAAAUUAAAAUGCCAUUAAUGUGCUUCCCAUAUGGCUGAUCUUAGUAUCCGGUUAGUCUUUCUUUAGCAGACUGCUUGUCCAGUUUACAGGUAUUUUCAAAAAGUAAUAUUACGUGUAUUUAUAACGAGUAUUUAUUUGUAUAUUAAUAAUUAUGCAUCAUGCUGAUGUGUUAACAAGAGUCUUAAAAAUAUUAGGAAAAAGAGGCAGUUUAAUUUGUUUUACUGUUCUGAUUCAAGAUAGAUUUUCUUGUAAAAUCAACCAUAAAGGAACAUUAUCAUUUACAUUAAAUCUCA